AUGGGAAAAGAUGGAGGGUGGUUCGAGAAAACACGAGACACAAUCGGUAGCCAUAGAUCCCUUUUCUCAGGACAAAGAGACACCCGGUUGGUCACUGACCUGAGAAGGGACGAACUUAAAAAGCUAACAGUGAUCCUACACAUAGACAACACAAGAGCAAGGCACGUUGGUGAGCUUGUAAAGCGUAUGAUCCACGAGUUACCAAAGAAUAUGCGGCAUGAUCGCUGGUCAAGAACGAACAAGAAUUUAUGCGAUGUCCACCAGGAUCUGAACGCGGCUCUCAUGACCGAUGUGUUUAAACUUAUCCAGAGGGAGGUCGGUCACCACCUUCGCAAGUUUGAAGCAUACCCCCACUUGCUGAAGCCUCUUGAUAUAUUGAUCCUGGAGAAACUACAGGCCAUACGGGGCAUGUGGGAGAAGCCUGACCCAAUAGACCAGGUUGUCUCAGAAGCAUGGCACUAUGAGACUAGCUGCUGUCAGGGAUGUAUGGUGGCUCGGGUUGCGAGUGACAAGAAUGCAUUGCGCAAUCUUCGAAUUGCCCUGCUCGCUCGCACGCAGACUCGUUUGAAUCAUGCCCCACGAAGACUGAUGAAGUUCGUCGAUACCUGCAUUGACCUAUUUCCUGAUGAUGUGGACGAGCUAUAUGGCACGUCUAGUCAGUUUGCAUUCAUCCUGAAGGAUACCCGCAAGGCCUGCAGCAAGGCCUGGUCCAAAGACCCAGCACAUGCUGAUUCGAGAACAUCACGGCAAAGACACAAAAGUGACCGGAAUGGAAAGAGUGCAAGUGGCCGUAGACCGGCAAGUGAGUAUAAUCCCAGGAAGAAGUAUACCCAGCCACCGCCAAAAAUCACAGUACUCCACCCCGCAGAAAGGUAUGUCCCCGAAUCUUCGUCGUCUCAACAUACUGACACUGACACAGAAGGGCGCAGCAUGUAUCGUCCGAGGUCAAGCCCUUCCAGGAAAGCCUUGAGAACAUCGUACCACAUGAAGCGCGAUCGAUGCUCGGACCCGACCCUAAAUCGCGUCACUAGAUUCAUGGAUUUCGCCGACGACGAAUAUCAAGGCUUAGGAAUAAGCGUGGAAGCGGGGAGCACAAGCACUGUUUCUAGACCUCCUGGAAAACCCCCAUCACCCAGCACAAGCACUUUCUCGGGAGCCUUGGAGGAAAUCGACGAAUUGCUUGAGAUGUACAAGGGUCUAGGAACAAAUCCCUCAACCACCCAACACUGCUCUGUGCAUGGGAGUGGCGGGGUCCCAUCAGGGUGUCGUUCCCCGUCGAUCUAUUCCACUGACAGUGAGUGGAGUGAUGAAGAUGACCGGAGAAGGUCGGAAGGUGGCUCGACAGCAAGAACUACCUGGAAUCUGAUGUGUGAACAGUCGAAUAUGAUUUGA